CAGGGUCAACAAUAUGGCGCUGGCCUGUCUGCCCGUCGUUAUGUAUUUUUCAUUGAAAAGCGUUGUAAAUUCCCUAGUACAUUAACGUUAACUGUGAAGCAGCAACGGUUUCCGGGUACUCGCUUGUUCUCUAUCGUGCACGUCACUUGGCUUGAAAGCCUAACGGACCAGCCGUUACCUACCUGAACAGCACCAUGUCUGGGUCAAAUGUGUGGAGUCGCAGCCGGGAGAGAAUGAGACUUUUUCCGGAGCUUUUUGCGCAGUGUGCGGGAGAGGCAACAGUUUAUGGAAAGUGUGUGGCAGCUACCACGACAGGCAGACAGGAACUGCAGAAGGACUUGUGUGCCAAGGAAUUUCAAGCACUGAAGUCAUGUUUUGCAAAUGCAGCCAAGAAAAAAGCCAAAUGAGUGGAAAGCAUCCUGGCUGUGUUUGAGUAGUGAAUUCAACAGAGCGUCCUCAAAUAUCAGCUGUUCAGUGUUGUGGGAGAAGAAUUUGCAAUUGCUGAAUGGACUUGUAACACUGCAUGUAUUCUCUCUGAUGUUGAUGAAACAGCACCUGCACUAUUUGUACCUGUGAAUGAACUGAAUGUGUGUCUUUACAUAUUGUUGCAAUCAAGCAAGUAUGUGUUUUUCAGUGCUUCUAUUUCUCACGCAAGAACCAUAUAAUUCUGUAAUGUAAAGAUGUGAAUAAAAAAAACCUUCUGAUUCUGUUUGUCUGAACACAGACCAA